AUGUCACGAAGAAUGAAGAUCCCCGAGGUCCGUAGACUGUUCGAGAAAUUCUCUGGCCUCAGCAAAAACAUCAAGUACAGUAUCCGCGAAGACACCCAAAUCGGCACACUGUCGCUAAUCCCCCUUCGCAACCAGUCCACCAUCCUCGGCGACAAUAACACCGACGAGUCUCUCAUCGCAACCGCCAAGUCUUCCUUCCUGGACACCCCGGAAAGAAAAACUGCGAGGCCACGAUGUGUUGUUAGAUCUACGACCGCUAUGUUUGCCUGUGCCGCUAAAGAAAAGCUACGUAGCAGCAAUGUGAAAUUCAUGACACGAAUGGAAGAUGUCGGCGUGAUACUGACAGUGAUAAACGGCUCUUAG